AUGCGCUUCGCGAACAAGAAGCUUCUCGUCCAGCUCUGCGGCCGGGGCGACUUCCUGCGACGGUGGCGUCGAGUGCAGCUCGUGCGGGAGGCCCUUGCAGAAACGGCCGAGUGCGAAGGCUGCCAGAAACUACAUGCCGAAGGCCGGAAGAAAAAGUUCAAGGAUCCCUUUUCUGCUGUCCUUUCCGUCGAGCACCACUUCCAUGAGCCCGAGGAAUGUGGCCGCCUGGGUGUCCUUGUGCAUGCCGUGGCGAACCAGCAGCAUCUUCUGAAUGCGAGCUGGUAUUUCGAAGCUGCCGAUUACUUGUGGAAGGUCCUGGUCGAGGCCGGGGAGGUGCCGAAUGCUGGAGAUCUCAAGGAGGGUUCCAAGGAGCUGCGCGACGAGAAGUGCGUGCGUCUCUGUGAGGUGGUCGAUGUGGUUGCUGCUGCCGUCGGUAUCCGGGCAUACCAUCGAGGAAUGGGCGAACCAGGUCCAGAGUUGCCAUCCAUGCCUGAGAAGGACGAGAUGCCCUACUUUGCACGAGUCACGGAUAUCUGCUCCUCCGGCCUUUCCUUUGACAGUAGCGGCUGGGGUCCACGACUGGAGGACAAGGACAUCAAGGUCGAUGUCUACGAGAAGAUGGGUCUUGUCAAGUCCGGGCCCGUGAAGAGCAUCACGAAUGCUUACGCUCCGGGCAGCAAGUGGGAGCCUGCAGUGACCACAUCAUAUGACUGGUUCACAUGGUCGCAGACUGCUUAUCCGCCGAACGUGGACUUCUUCCGUUUGCUGGGCAGUUUCGAGAAAGAAGGCGCAUCGAUCAGCAGAGCAGACAUGGAGAGUUGCUUGGCCUAG